AUGUGGUUCCCGCUCUGCUUCGUUGUCGUCGUCGCUCUUCUGGUCGCCCCGGGAGGGUGCCGGGGCGAGAGCGGGAGCCAGGUGUACGUGGUGUACAUGGGCGCCGUGCCGCCACGGACCUCGCCUGACUUCCUCCGCCAGAGCCACCUCCGCCUCGUCGGCACCAUUCUCAAGAGCCGCAGGGGGAAGCUGGCGCAGAGCGUAGUGGUGCAGCAGUACAAGCACGGCUUCUCGGGGUUCGCGGCGCGGCUGUCCAAGGACGAGGCCGCCGCGCUGAGGCGCAAGCCCGGCGUGGUCUCCGUGUUCGCCGACCCCGUGUACCAGCUCCACACCACCAGGUCCUGGGACUUCCUGCAGCAGACGGACGUCAAGAUCGACUCGGCUAAGCGGCGCUCGCCCAGACCCACGGCGGCGUCGACGUCGGCGCCCACCACCGAGACCAUCAUCGGCCUCCUCGACUCCGGCAUCUGGCCCGAGUCCCCCAGCUUCGACGACGCCGGCUUCGGGCCCGUCCCGACCAAGUGGAAGGGCGUCUGCAUGGCCGGGGACGACUUCAACUCCUCCAACUGCAACAAGAAGCUGAUCGGAGCGAGGUACUACGACCUCGGCGAGGUGGACGGCGGCCGGACCCGGAGCAACAGCGGGUCGCCGCGGGACGCGGCGGGCCACGGGACGCACACGUCGUCCACGGCGGCUGGGAACGCGGUGACCGGCGCCUCGUACUACGGGCUGGCCCAGGGCACCGCCAAGGGGGGAUCGGCCGCGUCGAGGGUGGCCAUGUACCGCGUCUGCUCGGACGAAGGCUGCGCCGGGUCGGCCAUCCUCGCCGGCUUCGACGACGCCAUCGGCGACGGCGUCGACAUCAUCUCGGUCUCGCUCGGCGCGUCGCCCUACUUCUCCCCGGACUUCUCCGAGGACCCCAUCGCCAUCGGCUCGUUCCACGCCGUGGCGAAGGGCGUCAUGGUGGUGUGCUCGGCCGGCAACGCCGGGCCGGAGGCCUCCACGGUGGUGAACGCGGCGCCGUGGAUCAUGACGGUGGCGGCCACGACCAUCGACCGCGACUUCGAGUCGGACGUCGUGCUAGGUGGAAAUAGCACCGCUGUCAAGGGUGGGGCUAUAAACUUUUCCAACCUGGACAAAUCCCCGAAGUACCCGUUGAUCGCAGGAGCAUCAGCAAAGUCUAGUUCAGCUUCUAGUACUUCUGACUCCGCAAGUCACUGCGAGCCCGGCACCCUGGAUGCCAGCAAGAUCAAGGGCAAGAUCGUGCUGUGCAACCACUCGCAGAGCGACACGUCUAAGAUGGUGAAGGUGGACGAGCUCCAGAGCGCCGGGGCGGUGGGGGCCAUCCUGGUGAACGACUUCGGGAGGGCGGUCACCACCGCCUACCUCGACUUCCCCGUCACGGAGAUCACCUCCGCCGCCGCGGCCGACCUUCACAAGUACAUUGCCUCCACCAGUGACCCUGUCGCGACGAUCACUCCGACGAUCACCGUGACGGAGUACAAGCCGGCGCCCGUCGUGGCCUACUUCUCAUCCAGGGGCCCGUCGGCGCAAACCGGCAACAUCCUCAAGCCGGACGUGGCUGCCCCGGGGGUGAACAUCCUUGCGUCGUGGAUCCCAACGACGUCACUUCCGGCCGACCAGAAGCAGCCGUCGCAGUUCAACCUCGUCUCCGGGACGUCCAUGGCCUGCCCCCACGUCGCCGGGGCCGCGGCCACCGUCAAGGCCUGGAACCCGACAUGGAGCCCGGCCGCCAUCCGGUCAGCCAUCAUGACAACAGCAACUCAGCUGAACAACGACAAGGCUCCAAUGACGACCGACGCAGGGACGGCGGCGACGCCGUUCGACUACGGCGCAGGGCAGGUGAACCCGACCGGCGCGCUGGACCCCGGGCUGGUGUACGACCUCGCGGCGGACGACUACCUGAGCUUCCUCUGCAACUACGGCUACGGCGCGUCCCAGAUCAAGCUCAUCACCUCCCCUCCGGCCGCCUUCAGCUGCGCCGGCAACGCCAGCAAGGACCUCAUCUCCGACCUCAACUACCCGUCGAUCGCCGUCACGGGGCUCGGCGCCGGCGCCAGCAGGACAGUGACCCGUGAGGUCACCAACGUCGGAGCGCAGGAAGAAGCCACAUAUACCGUCGCCGUCAGCGCGCCGGCCGGUCUGGAUGUGAAGGUCGCGCCCAGCAAGCUCCAGUUCACCGGCAGCGUGAAGAAGCUGGCUUUCCAGGUCACCUUCUCUGGCAAGAACACAGCGGCCAAGGCCGCCCUCAUAGGCUCCAUAACAUGGUCAGAUGGAAAACAUACAGUCCAUAGCCCAUUCGCGGUCAGCAGCUGA